AAUGCUUUCGAGUUUUUAUAUAAAGGAUCUGAAUAGGCCUUUUAUUUCGUUAUGUUUGGCUGAAGUAAUUCAAAAUUUUGUGAAAUGAGAAAAUUUUCGAGGAGAGUUCGUCAACGUUAUAGAUCACAAGUCGCUCAAGAAAACGAUACAACAUUUUCAAGUAAAGAUAAUCUGAUCACUCUAAUUCGUUUUUAUGCCGGCCACGAAUGCCUUUGGAAUGAACUGAAUCCCGAUUAUUAUGACAGCAAUAAACGCAAUCAUCUCUGGUCUUGGAUAGCUAGACAAUUUGGACCAAAAACUUACAAGUCCGAUGUUGAAUUUGAAAUACAAGUUUUGCAAAAACGUGCCCUACAAGAAUUUGAACGUAUAGAGCAUUUUCAAGGAAUGGGAAUGAAGUGCAAACCGACCUUUGAGCUGAUAAAUGAGUUUCAGUUUCUUCUCGAUGAUGGAGAAGAGGUUAAUAAACAAGUAUCAGUCGAGGUGGAGGAGGAUUCCGCACUUCAAUCCAACCAAGUAUAUCCCGAAAGUGCUGAAACUAAGAGUAUACAAGACGUAAAUGUAUUUUGUUGUGAUCUUAAAGAAGAACUUUCACGAUUUCCACCGAAAAUUCGUUUAAAAACUCAGCAAAAAAUUCUAUUCAUCAUGAAUAAUGCGAGGAAUCAGGUUGAUAAAAAAUCUAAGAAAAACGUACACUGGAAUAUAUAAGAUUUUAAUGGAUGCCUUUGAUAGUAAAUGACAACCAGUAUCCACUCCAUAAACGACUUGUAAUGGACCUUGGAUCCAAAAAAAAAUAAAAAAAAUUUUUUCCUUCUUUUUGGAAAUUGUAAACAACUUUGCAAUUCUGAAUGCAUAACUAUCAUUAAUAAAAAUUACAUUUGUCCCCAUUUUUUGGUAUUGCUAAA